AUGAACCAGUUCCAGCUGCUGCUUCAGUCAUGCUCAGUGGUUUCUACGGGACUCUUCUUACUGUUCGUCUUUGAUCUUUACAGAGAAGAAACACCUCGAGAAGUCCUUCAUCAGAUUUUGGAGGAUUUAGCAGAAGAGGAGUUCAAAACAUUCAAGUGGUUCUUGAAUCAGGAGAUCCUAAAACCCUUCAAGGCAAUCCCAAAGAGUCGACUGGAGAAGGCAGACAGGACGGACACAGUGGAUGAGAUGUUUAAGAGCUGCUGCAUCUACACCAUGAGAGUCGCUGCAAAGGGUUUGGAGAAGAUUCCCAGAAACGACCUGGUGCAGAACAUCCCAAAAACCAUCAAAGAACCUGAAGAGAUUCUCACUGAGUGUCGAGACAACCUGAAGUCUGCUCUGAAGGAGAAGUUCCAGUUGAUGUUUGAGGACAAACCCUCCUGGAUGAGGUCUACACAGAGCUGUACAUCACAGAGGGACGGACUGCAGAGGUCAAUGAGGAACAUGAGGUCAGACAGAUUGAAGCAGCAUCCAGGAGAGCAGCCAGAGCAGAAACAAGCAUCAAACCAGAAGACAUCUUCAGAGGCUCAGCAGGAGGUGAUGAAGCAACCAGAACAGUGA